AAGACAUGUCCGCAGUGGUGGUGGAGCUGCUGUCAACAGUCACGUCGGUCGUCGUGCUGCUGAUGACCGUCUCGCUCGUCGACGCGGACGUUGUGCUGGUCACAUCGGCGGUAGUGGUGGAGGAAGUGGUCGACAUCUGGGCGAGAGCGCCGGCAGCGAGGAAGAGAAAAGCAACGGACUUCAUGUUGGCGGUAGAAAUGAGUGUGGGUAGCGAAUGUGAUGCUGUGGAGGAUGCUGUUGCUGAGGUGAAUGAUGAGAAGAACUCCUCAGUGGGGAUCUCUCUCGUUUUAUCUCUGGGUAGGAGCAGCAGAGUACUGCCUCAUUUCCUGUGGGUCCACUCAUCUUUGAUCGUUCAAGACGAUAUUCAACACGUUCCUACGCCAGCGAGAGAUUUCAUCAUCGGUUUCCUCUCUCGGAUUGAAGUUCGACCGCGGGCGUAGACAAGUCCGGUAGACCAUGAGGUGCCUUAGUGAAGUCAAAUUAAAAAGCUUCCGAUGAGUACGCGCUACCUCUCAGUAGUCUGCCGGUUGGAAGACACCACAUCGAGGAGGGGUUUCACGUGUAGCGUGCACUGUGGUCCAAGGUCAAUGUAGAGCAAAGUCGUCUUUUGAAUACGUCCCGGUGGCACCCUGGCUGUUGAGCGACUACGUUGUCUGCAUUGCGAUUUUGUCAUAGCUGAGCGUGUUCUUUGCCAUCGAGGCAAUGCAGAUCUGCCGCUACGGU